CGUGCUUCCUAUCGACUGCGCAUGCACGGCGUCUGUUUCGUUACCGAGAUACCGCCGAAGGCGCAUGCGCAUUGCGUUUCAAAGUCCUCCCAUCUGACGGGACGCUAAGAGUGGACCAGGGGCACCAUAGAGUUUCCAAAAGUGACAGACAGGCUAUAUUAUUUCGGACCCAAAUUGAUAGCUCCUAUUGGCCAUUAAUUUUUCAGGGCCCUAAAAGUGGCGUGCUUCUGUUCUUUCACAGAAACAAAACAAGCGUGUCUUAAAUAGAAAGCAGAAAACGACGCGAGAGUUUACGUAACAUUUUCUACUAUAGUCAGGGCCGCACUCUCCUGCGCAUGCGUACACGGAAUGUUUCCGCGCCAGUUUCCUGUUGCUCUAGAAUGCUUUCUCUCUUAUUCUCUAUGGUAAGGCAGACUUCCGGGAAAGGUGGAAGAUCGAAGAGGACUCAGCAGACAAUGAAGCUGUGAGAGGAAGGACAAGUUUUGUAGUCACCACAAUUGUGCUUCAGCAUGAACGGUGGUCCACAACUGAUUGCCUUCACUCGUGCCCGGGAGGAAUCAGAUCUCUGGAGAGAUGGGCAUGCCCAGAAGAAAAGCUGCAAAAGAUCUGAUAACGCUGGCCCAGAGGAAGGGAAUGCAGCUGGGGAGGCCGCUCGCAGCUUCUACGAGAGCCUGGUGCUUUCAAGCGAUGCAGGAAGAUCUUCACAGAGGAAACGAAAGGUUCCCUGCGGGCACCGCCAACCAGUGCAGGAGACUCCUCGUCCCCCAAACAACUCAGGACAAAGGAACACCCACCAAGGGCAUCGGCUCCUGAAGGCUGCCCAAGAUGGCAACCUGAAGUCUCUCUGGACGCUUGUGGAGAAGGAAGGGUGUGAUGUGAACUCUAGAGAUGAUUAUUAUUGGACAGCCAUGAUGUGUGCUGCUUAUGCUGGACAAGGGGAGGCUGUGAGGUAUCUUCUGAGCUGCGGUGCUGCCUGGGUGGGCGUUUGUGAGACACAAGGACGGGAUGCGAUGGAUUUGGCUGAGGAAGCAGGGCACCAAGAGAUUGUGAACAUCCUACAGGAAAGCACAAGACCCCGCACGAAGGAGGAAUCCAGCAGUUUACCAGCAACAGCCGAGAGAAAAUAUUGUGCUGUAUGCCAGGCACACUACAGCGAGGACACGGUGGCCAUCCACGAGCGCUCCACAGCCCACCUUUUCAACCGCCGUGACCCGCUACCUCCCACCCGUUACCACAUCCCAGAGAACAACGUGGGCUUCCAGCUCAUGGUGAAAGGGGGUUGGAACCAAGAGGCCGGCCUGGGGCCGGGGGGCAGCGGCCGCAAAUUUCCUAUCCAGACCGUCCUCAAGCGUGACCAGAAGGGCCUGGGCUUUGGCGGCAAUCUCAAACCUAAAGUGACCCACUUUGAUGCCAAAGACCCGAGCGCUGUGGAAGGGCCUCACCGUCCUCGGCCAAGAACAGAACGGGCGGCCACCGUGGGAAAGCGGGAAGCCCGGCGCAGGGAGGCCAAGGCGGCAGCCUGGGAACGCAACCUGCGAACUUACAUGAACCUUGAUCUUUGAGCUAGGCCCGUAGAGCUUGAUUAUCCUGCUGGUUAAAUCCGUGUGGAUCAUAAUUGGAGACAUCAUUUAAAAUAAAACAGUUUCUGUCAUA